AUGGAGCGCCGUUGGGUUCCUCCGCCGCCGCCGCCGCUGCUGCUGCUGCUGCUGCUGAGCCUGCCGGAGCCCGGGCGCGGCUCCCCGGAGCUGGAGCUCGGGGGAAAGCACGUGUGCGCGGCGGAAGAUAGUCUGCCGCCCGCCCUCGUCUGCUGCCCGGGAUGGAAGCAAGUGGGGCCCGAGUGCCCCCUGGCCCUCUGCUUGGGCGCCGACGCCUGCCAGGAGCGGGAGAUCUGCGUUCGCCCGGCUGUCUGCCGCUGCCGCCCGGGCUUCUUCGGGGCCAACUGCAGCGCCCGGUGUCCGGAGCAGUUCUGGGGUCCAGACUGCAAGCAGAAUUGCCGCUGCCACCCCCAGGGCAGGUGCCAUCCAUCCAGCGGAGAGUGCAGCUGCCACCAGGGCUGGUGGGGGCCGCUCUGCCAGUCGGCCUGCCUGUGUGGGCAGCGAGGCCACUGCCACCCCGUCACAGGCAGCUGCCGGUGUGAUCCAGGCUGGUGGGCCCCUGACUGUCGAAGGCAGUGCCAGUGCAAUCUCUCGGGCUCCCACUGUGACCCGGCCACUGGCCGCUGCCUCUGCCGUCGAGGCUGGUGGGGCAGGCGAUGCGCCUCUCUCUGCAGCUGCAGCGGAUCGCCUUGCGCCCAGGAGUCCGGCCGAUGCGAAUGUAUGGCAGGAAGGUGGGGGGUGGCCUGCCAGCACUUUUGCCAGUGUGUGCACGGCCUGUGCUCCCCUCAGGAUGGACGCUGCACCUGUGACGCUGGCUUCAGGGGCCCCACCUGCACAGAGCCCUGCCCCGAGGGGACCUAUGGACCCCAGUGUGCCCAUAGCUGCGGCCACUGCAGGAACCGAGCGCCCUGCUCCCCCACGGAGGGGGCCUGCCUGGCCUGCGACCCCGGCUGGAACGGGACCCACUGCAGGCAGCCGUGUCCUUCGGGGCUGUAUGGAGAGAACUGCACCCAGCUGUGCCCCCGCCACUGUCUCCAAGGAGAGGCUUGCCAACCGCAGACAGGACGAUGCCGGAACUGCGAGGCAGGAUUCAUGGGGGCCAGGUGUGAGGCCCCCUGUCCCCCCGGCUCCUUCGGAGAGGGCUGCCAGUCCUCUUGCCCCGACUGCUUCCACGGGAGCUGCGAUCCGGCCUCUGGGACCUGCCUCUGCCAGCCUGGCUUCUGGGGAAGCAGCUGCAACCAGACCUGCCCGGAAGCCUUCCAUGGCCCCAACUGCUCUGCGGCCUGCCCCUGUGCAGGGGGACGGUGCCACCCUGUCUCCGGAGACUGCCCCUGGGAGGUCCAAGGCCAGGGGGCCCUCCUCGCAGGCAUCCUGGGGCCCCUUCUGCUCCUGCUGGGCCUCUGCUGCUGCUGCUGUUGCCACCACCGCCGCCAUCCCUGCCGUGCGGCAGCCUCUGCAGUCAGGGCACCAGGGGCCGAGCAGGAUCUCUUCCUUCCAGCGAAGCACCGCCUAAUGGCCAGGCUGCCCAGCCUCCCUUCCAGCUUGCCCUGCUUCUCACCAGGGGGCUCAAAGCUUCCACGGGUGAUAGUCGCCCACCGAGACCCAGAGGUCCCCUUCAACCCCAGUUUCAUCGAACAAACGUCCGCGGCCUGGCCCUCGGACGGCUCCUUUGGCUCCUCCUCCUCCUCCUCCGAGGGAGUCAAUGAAGAAACGGGGGGCCGCGAAGGGCCUCAGUCUGCUCUCCCUCCCAGUGAAGCCUUGCCAGAGGGCAGCCUUCUCCCCAGGACAGCAGCCUUGUACCCCUCGCCCUUCGCCAUCCCUCGCACCUCCAGCAUCGCCAAGGGCAAGCGGCCCUCCGUCUCCUUUGCAGAAGGGACCCACUUUGGCCCUCAGAGCCCCAGGGGCCCCCCAGAGGCCCUCAACCCUACCCGGAAGCCAACGGCCUCUGACAGCUCAGCCCAAGGAGCUCCUCCUCUGGAGGCCGACCACCCCACGGGGGCCUCAUGCCACGCCCUGGGCAGAAGCUGCUACGAGGAAGUGGCACCAGCUCCCUGGGAGGAUAAUGGCCGGCCCCCUGGAGGCCACCCUUCCAGCAGCCACAGGAGCUGGGCUGGCGCGGAGGCACCGGGGGCAGCUGCUGCGGAAGCUGGUGUCCAUGAGCCCAGCAUCACCACCAUUUAUGUGACCGUGGGCCAAGCCAGAAGUGGCAGGUCUGGGGAGCUGCCAGUAGUGAGCAGUAGGGGGCGGUCUUGGGCAGAAGCUGUGUCUGUAGAGGCUGAAGGGGCACUGAAACCUCCCUUGGCAAGCGGAGACCCGGAAGAGCCAGUGGAGCCUCAAGGAAACAUCCAUCAAGAACGAGAGUUAAGACUGCAUUCACUGUAUGGAAUCAAUCUGAAUUGGGAAUAA